GCUGGGCCGGAGCCCGCCUGGCAGCCCCGCGGAGCCGAGCGGAGCGAGCGGAGCGCCUGGUUGGCGGCGGCUGCGCGCGCGAUGGCUCCCGCCGCGGACCGCGAGGGCUACUGGGGCCGCACGACCUCCACGCUGGACUGGUGCGAGGAGAACUACGCGGUGACCUGGUACAUCGCCGAGUUCUGGAAUACAGUGAGUAACCUGAUUAUGAUUAUACCUCCAAUUUUUGGUGCAAUUCAGAGUGUUAGAGAUGGACUGGAAAAGCGGUACAUUGCUUCUUAUUUAGCACUCACAGUGGUAGGACUGGGAUCCUGGUGCUUCCACAUGACUCUGAAAUAUGAAAUGCAGCUUUUGGAUGAACUCCCAAUGAUUUACAGCUGUUGUAUAUUUGUGUACUGCAUGUUUGAAUGUUUCAAGGUCAAGAACUCAGUAAACUACCAUCUGCUUUUUACUUUAGUUCUAUUCAGUUUAAUAGUAACCACAGUUUACCUUAAGGUAAAGGAGCCUGUAUUCCAUCAGGUCAUGUAUGGAAUGUUGGUCUUCACAUUAGUACUUCGAUCUAUUUAUAUUGUUACAUGGGUUUAUCCAUGGCUUAGAGGACUGGGUUAUACAUCUCUGGGUAUAUUUUUAUUGGGAUUUUUAUUAUGGAACAUAGAUAACAUCUUUUGUGUUUCACUAAGGAACUUUCGAAAGAAGGCACCACCUAUCAUAGGUGUUACCACACAAUUUCAUGCAUGGUGGCAUAUUUUAACUGGCCUUGGUUCUUAUCUUCACAUCCUUUUCAGUGUAUAUACAAGAACACUUUACCUGAGAUGGAGGCCAAAAGUGAAGUUUCUCUUCGGAAUCUGGCCAGUGAUCCUGUUUGAGCCUCUCAGGAAGCAGUGAUAAAUUAUUCCACCAAGAAAACAAAACAAAACAAAACAAAAAAAAACCACCUACCAUCGGCCUGGCCAAGUGAAUAAGGAAAUCCUUAAAGAUCUACAUGCUCAUGACCAUUGCAGCAAAGGAGUGACUUUCUGACAGACGCUACCAGCCACACAGCAAAUGAGGAAUGGGGCUUGAUGGAUGUUUAGCUCAUGUCUUUAUCUCAUUUGUCCUCCUCCUUUGCACUCUUACCCUAAGAUGUUUAAAAAGAAACAGAUGUGAUGUGUAUGUAUAUACUUGAAUACUAGAAAAAUUGGGCUUUUCUUAACAGGUUAACAGUUUGUACUGAUGAUAGGAAAUUAACCUUUUCCUCUUUUUUGACAAGGGCUGCAUGUAAAUUAUACUUUUCUUAAUUUUUGACUAAAUAAUGAAAACAGCAAGACUGGCAAAACCGCAUAUCCAGAUGGCCAGUUGUGAGCCAGCAUUUAGCUGUGUCAGCCUUGAUUUAUAGUAUUGUCAGAGUAACCUCAUGGAUGGUUUUCCAAGGUAAAAAAAAAAGAGCUAUCAGUGGGAUUCUGGUAGUUCCUAACUGACUGCCUCUGUGCAAGUCAGAGCUUCAAAAGUAAGCUUAGACCUGCCACUGUGUUCUGUACUUGUCACAUCCCAGCCCUGGCAUGUCUGUGUGUGGCCACAGCCAAUCAGAGUGGGUGGGUCAUCUUGUAGCCUUUAUGAAGGCCACGAGGACACCUGUAGAAUGUUGUAUCUCCAGCCAGUUAAAGGUUGUUGUUCUGUUGAUCUUUGCGGAUCUUUAAGUUGUUACUGUUUUUAUGGCUAGGCAAACAUGAUUGGUGGUCUGGCCUAUCCAUAUUCCAUCCUCCUAGCAUAAUUUAUUCGACAUUACCAGUGAAUGUCAUUAUACUCUGACUUUUUAAAUUAUGCAAUAUUUUCCAGUUUUCAGAGAGGCCAUGGUUAUGCCCAGGGAAAUGUGUUAACUAGAGCUAAAUGAUCAGGAUCCUAUUUACAUAAAGCUUAUUAGAAUACUUACUCCUUCAUUGUUUGAAGGAAAUAGAUAAAAGGGUUAAGAACAGCUCUAAUGUACUUGAACUUGUAACAGAACUCCCAAAAAUUAAAGUGCUAAAAAAUGGCAGUGAGAUCUCAUUGUAAGGCAGCUAGUUCUAGUUUGGGUUUGAAUGUAUAACAAAUUGUACCACUUUUCACAAACAUAACACCUGUCUGGAUUUAAAAACCAGAUUUAACCCCUUUGUGCAUAUAGCACCAUAGUUGUAGCUCUAUACCAUUUAGCAUUUUUAUUACUUCUCCUGCUUAUACAUUAUUAUAAAAUCCAGAUUGUUUUUCCCACAUGGUGACAUUACCCCCAGAUUAAACCCUGAGCUCCAGCUUCAAAAGGAGGCUCUUUUUUCUUAUGCAAAGGUAUUAAACAGUUCUGUCAUUUUGCCAGUAUUCAGUAAGUAGCCUUAGCACAAAUUUAAAACCAAUUGAAAUUUUGUUGUUUUUCUUCACCUACUGGCCUUAGUUUUAGUCCGAGUACUAUUUUCCUUCCCUUGGCAUGCCAACAUGCCAUUAGGCAGAUACUUCCACCUACUUUUAUGAUCCUCCAGCAUGAAAAGCACUUGCCAAAAAAUAAAAGAACUUUGGUUGUGCCUUAGGAAAAUAUGAAACUAGACAGUUCCAGCACACAGCCCAUAAGACAAUUCUUUAUUUUACCACAAGGUUCUGACUUCUGGCCACAUUUCAUGUGCAGCUGCCUGGGCUGUCAGCCAUCUUACAUUUCUAAUGACUUCAUUUGUUUCACACCAUUGUCUUUUGUACCCUUCACUCAAGAUACACUUCUGCAUAAGGAAGCUGUAUAAAGAAACAAAGGCACAUCCUUCAUGAUAAUGCUGCUAAACGUUAGGAGACUGAGGUUCUGCAGUAUUUAAGUCAGAUUAAGGGUAUAGAGAGCACACCCUGACAGAAGCCCUUUAGAGCAGUUUGUUGAAUAAGCAAUUCAGCCACCACUUGUUGAAUAAAAUUGUCCAGCACCUCCCUGGAGAAACAUGGGCAUCAUUGGGUGACUUGUAACACUGUGGCCAAUUCUUCAAAGACCCUUGUUUCUGUGGUGAAAACAGCAUGAAAGCUCAGCCUAAAACAUUUCAGAAGUAUUGAGCCAAAAGCAGAGUCUAAAUCCAGGCUCUUUGAUUUUACAGGUUAGCUUGUGCCUCAUACGUGGCUCUUUUUAGCAUCCCCAGUAUUAGCACACUCAAGAGUUUGUACCUGUGCCAUAUCGAGUAUUAUGGACCUUCAGGAUAUUGCCCAGUUAUCUUUAUUUGAAUGGCUUUAUUUUUUCCUUCUAGGAUUCUGGGUGGGCGUUACAGGGUUAGAUUACUACACCCCUCCCUUCCCUUUAUUUUCUUGGCAGACUUGCUGUUAUCUAGAGUGUAUUAAAAAACCUGUUUCCUACUGAGCAAAUAAUGGUUUGUUUGCAUAUUACCUGAUGUGAAAGGUGCUCAUCUGUGAGCCCUAUAGCAAAUUAUAUUUUAGAAAAUAUUAAUUCUUUAUAAGGACAUGAAAGAGCAAUUUGCUUGCACAAUUUAAUAUCCUUCCUAUGCAGCCAUUUUCACUCCAGAAAAUUGAAAGCAAUUCAACUUUUUUUUUUUUAAAGGAAAAACUAGGUGAAAGGUUAUGUUAAUCUGAUUGAUCACUAACCACACAGCUCCACCUUGGUGCUUUCAAGAAACAUUGCCAAGACGUGAAGUGAUCUCUUUUAUCCUUGUGAUAUUAUUUAAAUUGAUGACAGGAGAAACAUUCAUUUUUUAAUAAUCUACAAAUGAGAACCACAAAUAAUGAUAUUUGGUUUAGCAGAAUUCGAUCAAGUAAUAUGGUUUAACCUUACUGCAAAAUUUUGCAGACUGUUAAAAUCUGGGCUUUCCUUACACUGAGAGGGUUUUUCUUACACUAAGGGUAGGAAGUGUGAGUCAAAGAAAAUCAAAAGACCAAAAAUUUCAGGUCCACAAUGCAUGAAAAUCUUUAAAUGCCUGAAAAAACUAAGUUCUGUUUUAAUGCUGACAACUUCAGAAUUUAGCCAGUGCCCACAAAAGGUGUCAAAUAAUUUAAUGUUUUCUUAUGCAUCCUAUGGGUUCCAUAUUACUUUGCUCUUGAAAAAAAUAAUUUGUUGCUAAGUUUAACAGUUUUAGCUCCCAGUUCCACAUUUACAUGACAGAAGAAAUUCUUUUAACCCUGUGGUUUAUGAUGUGCUACUGGAUAAGCAUUUGUGUAAAACUGAUGUUUCAAAGAGAACCAGUUAUAAUUGGAAUUUGCAACUAUGUAGUGAUUUUCAGAUCUACCUCUGUCUUACAUUUUGCAUCAUAUCAAUGCCAUAAUAUAAUUAGUUUGAUCA